CUGCUCACAUAUAUCCAGGCUCCAGACACAACCCACAAACACUGAUCCCAGCUCUGAGGAGGGAGACAGAAGGCUGUUCAUUUUAGUAAAGCCACAGUGCCUGGAUUUGCCAGAAGUUGCACAGAAAGGCAGCAGGGUAUUGUGGAAAAAUUCUCGACAAGAUGAACCAGGGGUCAAGCCGUGGUGAGCAGCAGCCCAAGACUCCCCACGACAGCACUGGAAUGGAAGGUUAUGGAAACCAAGACCUCAGCAAAAAGCAACUGAGACUUGUCCUGGUGGGUAAAACAGGAGCUGGGAAAAGUGCAACAGGGAACAGCAUCCUUGGAAAACAAGCAUUUGAGGCAAGACUAGCAGCAAAAUCGGUGACCAAGAAUUGUAAAAAAACAAGCAGAUUGUGGAAUGAGAGAGAAAUUGUAGUUGUGGAUACUCCUGGGAUUUUUGACACUGAUGUGUCUGAUGUGGACACUUCAAAGGAGAUCAGCCGCUGCCUCAUUAUGUCCUCCCCUGGGCCUCAUGCCAUCAUCCUGGUGGUGCCACUUACUCGUUACACCAAGGAGGAACAAGAUGCAGUAAAGAAGAUCCUGGGAAUUUUUGGUUCCAAAGCCAAGGAAUACAUGAUCCUUUUAUUGACCCGGAAGGAUGAUUUGGAAGGUGCUGAUUUGAAUCAAUAUUUACGUGAAACUAAGAAUGAAGCUUUGAAAGCCCUAAUAGGCCAGUUUGAUGGAAGAUACUGUGCAUUCAACAACCGAGCAACUGCAAGUGAGCAAGAAGCCCAGCUAAGAGACCUUCUGCAUUUCGUUGAGAAAGUAUUACAGAAUAAUGGAGGCUCUUGCUACACAAACCAGAUGUAUCAACUAGCUGAGGAGAAGAUUCAGAAAGCAAUUGAAGCAUUACAAAGAUCCUAUGAGCAAGACCUGGAAAGACUAAAAAAAGAAAUAAGACAGGAAUAUGAAGAAGAAAUCCAAAACUUAAAGAAUGAACUGGAGCAAAAAGAAAGAAAAGAAAAUAUGUUUAGGAAUCUUUCAGAAAAAGAAGAAAUCUAUGCAAACAAGCAAAGAUUUGCCAGAGAUGAGGUUCUGAGCCAAAAUAAAUUCGUUGAAAGAAUUAUAGAUAUCAUGAAAUCAGGGGUUUCUACCAUUCAAAACAUAUUUAAGGCUUAAGGAAAACCAUCUUUCACUCUAUACUCUAGCUUCUUCUAUUAAUCCUCAAUCCUCAAUCCUGGGAUUUUUCUCAAUUCUCCUCAACCCUCAGUCCUCUCAAUUCAGCUCUCCUGAAUCAGUUGUACAACUCAGAUAUUCAAGAAUAAAGAUAAUUGUCAAUACUUUAUCAUGAAAAAUUCCCUGAUUGAUCUACAAAUAAAGGAAUAGGACCUCUUUUCUGUGAAAAUUGAGAGAAAAAAGGUCUGUUACUGCCUUGGGAAUUCUUCCAUGAAGAUCUGGAGGAAAGGAAGGAAUACAGAGCAAAGCUUGUACUAGGAAUUCAGCUCUGCUUCCCAUUCCUUCUCUUUAAAAACACUAUAUCAAAAUGGACAGUUUUGUUUAUAUAAAAUUUAAAAGUUUUUGUGUACACAAAACCAGUGCAGCUGGCAUUAGAAAAGAAUCAGUAAACGGGGAAAAAAAUCUUUGCAGCAGGUUUCUCUACUAGAGAUCUCAUAUCUAAGAUAUAUAGUGAACUGAUUCAAAUAUAUAAGAAUAAGAACCAUUCUCCAUCUGAUAUGUUCAAAGGAAACAAACAUUUUCCAGGGAAAAAAAAUCCAAACUAUCAAUAACCAUAUAAAAAUGCCCUAAAUUACUAAUAAGUUUAGAAAUGCAAAUUAAAACAACUCUGAAGUUCCAUCUCAUACAUAUCAAAUUACAAAGCUGACAAAAAAGAAAAUGAUAAAUGCUGGAAGGGCUGUAGGAAAACAUGUACAUUAAUGCACUGUUGGUGCAUUGAGAACAAGUGAGAACAGGUCCAGACAUCCUAGAAAGCAAAUUGGAGCUAUGCCACCAAAGCUAUUAAACUGUCUAUACUCUUUGACUCAGCAAUAUCAUAGCUAGAUAUAUAUCCUGAAAGAGAUUUAAAAAAAGAAGACCCAGAUGUACAAAAAAUUUAGAGCAGUCCUUUUUGUGGCGUUCAAGAAUUGGAAAUUUAGAAAGUGCACAUCAUUUGGGGAGUGGUUAAGGAAGUUAUUGUAUUUGAAUGUGAUGGAAUACUAUAUUAUAUAUUGUACUAUAAGAAAUUAUGAGGGGGAUAGUUUCAUAGAAAGCUGGGAAGACUUGUAGGCAUUGAUUCGAAGUGAAGUGAUCAGUACUAGAACAAUUUAUUCAAUGACAACAGUAUUGCAAAAAAAAUAUUUUUGAAAUAUUUAGGAACUCUAAAUAACACAUUGACUAAAUACAAUUCCAAAAGAUACGUGAUGAAACAUGUUGCAUACCUCCUAAUUACAAGAGGUGUUGAGUUCAGAGUACAGAUUGAGAUAUGUCUCAUUUUUGUUUAAUUUGGGCAAUGUUCAAAUAAGUUUUGCUUCACUAUAUAUGUUUGUAGUAGGUUUUAUUUUUCUUUAUUUCUCAAUUCACAUGAGAGGGAAGGGAGGCAGUAAGGAGAGAAAGUAGAUUUUCAUCCAUUGAAAAAAAUAUUUUUUUCUAAUAAAAGAGAACAAGGUACCAACUGGAUCCUGGACCUCAUCCACGUUUCCAUUACUAAUGACAUCAAGAAACACUUCAUAUUAGCUAAUCUAAUUGACUUUUGGCAUUUAUCUCCUUAUAUUAAUGAAUAUUCCAAGGGUAAGGAGAUGAAAUCAUAUACAAUUAUUUUCAUAUUCACUCAGCCUAAAGGUUGGAGUUGCUCAGAGAGUUCCUAUGCUAUAAUAAGAUGACCUAUCUCAUUAUUCCUUUACUGAAGCUUACAGAAUUCUUUCAUUGGUUGUUAAUGAUACUAAAAAUAAUGGUGAUGGUGAUGAUGGUAACUCAUUUAUAGAGCUUUUUAGAAUUUACAAAGCCAUUCUUCCCAGAAACUUUGUGAGACUGUGGCAGGUAUCAUCUCCAUUUUACAGAUGAGGAAACUGAGACUGAAAAAGACUAAAUAAGUUACUCAUUGUCAUAUACUUAGUAAAUGUACAGAAUAGUAUUCAAAUCUGCAUCUCUCCUCACUCCAAGUCCAACACUUUUUCUAUUAUAAUGUCAUCCUUCCUGCUAAAUUACUGUUGGCUAAAUGUGUCAGAAUUUAAUCUGCCUAGUACAGAGCAUAUUCAGUAGAUAAUGAUGGGAUAAAUGGAGUGACCAAAUUAUAAUGACCAGAGAAGGUAAAAGAAAGACAUUGACUCAGAAGAUGAGAAAAUGUAGUUCAAUAUUUGUUCUCAUUCUACUAGAUUAUAUGCUUUAAAUAAUAAAAGUUCAUAUUUGUAAUUUUC